CCCCCUCACCUUCUCCCCAUUUCCUUCACCAUUCUCAUACCCCUGGUUUCAACUCUUCUCAUCUUCUUCCUUCAUGAAAAUGGCUUUUGCUAAGGUCUUCUUGUUGGGUUUUCUUGCAAUGGUCUCUGCUGUUCGUGGACAUGGUGCUGGUUGGACUAAUGCACAUGCAACCUUCUACGGCGGGAGUGAUGCUUCCGGGACAAUGGGUGGAGCAUGUGGUUAUGGAAACCUGUAUAGCCAGGGUUAUGGGACGAAUACUGCGGCUUUGAGCACUGCUCUGUUCAACAAUGGGCUGAGUUGUGGGUCGUGCUAUGAAAUUAAGUGUGUGGAUGAUGGCAAGUGGUGCCUGCCUGGCUCCAUUAUGGUCACCGCCACCAAUUUUUGCCCUCCCAACAACGCUCUCCCUAAUAAUGCCGGAGGCUGGUGCAACCCUCCCCUACAUCACUUUGAUAUUUCUCAGCCUGUUUUCCAACACAUUGCUCAAUACAGAGCCGGAAUUGUGCCUGUUGCUUACCGAAGGGUAGCAUGCAGAAGAAAGGGAGGAAUCAGGUUCACAAUCAAUGGCCACUCCUACUUCAACCUAGUCCUCAUCACCAACGUAGGCGGCGCCGGUGAUGUGCACUCUGUGGCUAUCAAGGGCUCCAAGACCGGUUGGCAGCCCAUGUCUAGGAACUGGGGCCAGAACUGGCAAAGCAACAGCUACCUCAACGGCCAAAGCCUCUCAUUUAAGGUCACAACAAGUGAUGGCCGUACUGUGGUGUCCUACAAUGUUGCCCCACCUGGCUGGUCCUUUGGGCAGACCUUCACUGGCGCCCAAUUCCACUAGAGGAACACACUUUGUGAUCUAGAUCUUUUCAAUUACUAUAUACUAUAUAUACAUUAAAGUAGUAGUAUUUAUUAGCUUGACUUUUAGUAUAUGUAAGGAGUCCUAUAAUGCCAUGGGAUUUUUGGGUCAGAAAUGUGAAAGGGCUUAUUUUAAAAUAGCCCUUUUAUCAUUUUGGGUUUGGUUUUAUUGUGGGGGUAGGUGUCCUAGUUAAGGCAAGGUGCCCUUUUUUUAGAGGUAUUGUAAGGGCCAUUUUUCUUGUGUUUGUGAAAACAGGAGGAAAUGGCAGAGGUGGACUUUUACCACCCGCCAACCUAUUAGGUCCUUUUUUUCUCACCUAAGGGAUGUUGAGAAGAAGCAUUGUUUUGGCUUUGAUUAGGUUUUGCUGGCUAAUUUGUGAAUUUUUCUAUUCCCACUAGUAAUGCAAAAGUGAACUUUGGUUUAUCAUAUUAUGAUUGAGUU